CAGACGACGAAGAAGAAGACAACCAGUAACUAACCUCUAGUCUGUUGUUGUGGAUAGCUCACCUUAUGUACAGGAGCUGAACUCCCUGCCUUGCUGCGUCAUAUUCGCCUAUUCCCCAGUCGGCUUUGCUGACUUUUCAGACCGACAUUUAGAUCUUACAUAUCUCUGGCAAACAGCUGACCACAAAGAAAGAUACUGUUUGUGGUUCUUCCAACACAGCUAGCUUUAGCUAGCGUACCCCACAGCAAAGAGAGCCAGCUAGUUGCGUAGCAGCGAUGGAGUGGCAGGGUAACGGGUCUUCAACGUACCACGAUGAAGAGUCGAGCAGUUACCCAGCUUCUGCAGGCAAUGGCUUUAGUGGUGUUCAUAAGCAGCAGUCACCGUCAUCGCACCUUUGUGAUUGUGCCAUGGCGUCACUGUGCCAGAGCCAGCAGCGCUGUUUAAAGGCCUCUAUCGUCUCCAGCUGGAGACUGGCUGAGACCCAGGAUCAGUUAUGCUCUCUAGGCGUCCACAGCUCUGAGUCCCUGGAACAGGAGCGUGCUCGGACUCUGGCCUGCCCCACUGAACUCACACACACUGAGGAGGAAUGGCGUCGCAAGGAGAGCAUUCUGGGAUGUCAGGAACCCAGCCGCAGCCCAAUGGUCAGAACUGUCGGGAGUUGGGACGUUUUUGAUAAGAGUAUCAUCAAUGUCCAUAACCAACCUGUAGAAGUGGAUCAGGACAAGUGCGAGACGUUUAUCCAAAAGUACGACCAAGAGCUCAAGUAUUUUGGUAUGUUGCGGAGAUGGGACGACAGUCAGCGGUUCCUCGCAGACAUUCCUCAGCUCAUCUGUGAGGAAACGGCCAACUACUUAAUUCUGUGGUGCAUGAGACUACAGCAAGACGGGAAAGAAGCACUGAUGGAGCAGGUGGCGCACCAAGCUGUAGUGAUGCAGUUCAUCCUGGAGAUGGCGUCCAACUCUCAGCAGGAUCCUCGAGGCUGCUUUAGACAGUUCUUCCACAAAGCCAAAGAGGGACAAGAUGUCUACUUAGAAGUCUUCUAUACAGAGCUCGAGGCCUUUAAAGACAGAGUGAAAGAAAACGCAUUCAAGUCUAGAGGUUAUACACCAAACAGCGUCGAUCAACAGAAAACUAGCACAAACUGCAUACUUGACCCCAAAGAAGCCCUAGACUCUUUACCUCAAGUGGCAGAGUAUCCUCUGAACCAUUGUUUGGAGACGGGACUGUGGACAGGCACAGUGAGUUGGACAAAGAACGACGCCACAGAAACAGACGAUAUACGCAUGAUGGAGACUUCCUAGGGAUUGACCCCUGCUUUUCAUCCAUCUCCAUCGCCUCCUCAUUUAGGAACAACCUGAGUUUUAAGCCCUCUCCUCACAGCAGGCUAAGCUGAAUAACACCAGUACAGAACAAGAACAAAAGAGGCGUGAUGAGUCUUUUACGCUGCAGGAAAAUGUUUUUUAAGGCAAACAAUUCUGAGUGUUGUCGAUUUUAUGCCACUGUGGUUGGCCUGGUGAGUCCUGCAGUGUCUCUUGUCAGCUAAGUGCCAUAACCCUGGUUUUACGGAUAAUUAUCCUUCAAGCUGGUGGUGUUCCUUUUUAUUUCUCCUAAAAAAAAAAAUCCACAUCCUUACAUGGAAGCAAACUGACAAAUUGAAAAUUAAAUCCAGACAACACAAAGAAUACUAAACCAGUAAAGUCUUUGGGAAGUUAGGUACCAAAGUAGGACUCAGGUCAGAAGACAUCUGCGGAGUAUUGUUAUAUCUGCUUAAAAUGAAUCAUGAGAAGCAUGGCUGACAAAUCAAUGGCUUUGUAUCCUGUGUGGUGUUAAGUUCUGGUUAAUGGUGACCAUUUAAUAGAAACAGACAACUAGACUAGAUGGUCUGUUUUAUUGUACUUGACAUUAGGUAAUGCAAAGUAUGUUAAAGUAACAUUUAAAUCUACCUGAUCAUGUGCUAGUGUACAGUAACUACUGUAAAAUGGAAAGAAUGUGGUCAAUCAGCAGAUUUCUAUUGAAUAAUUUGCACAUGACACAGUUUACCUGAAGGGGAACCCGUGUUGUUAUGUAUGGAAGACUCUUGUCACUUGUCAUACCGUUUUAUAUUUGGUAAUAACAAACAUGGCCUCACAUCUUUUAUUAUUUUUUCAUUGGUUUACUAAAAGCUAUUCUGCUAGCUGUAUGCUAAUGAGUAAAGAGCAUUGUGUGUGUGUGUAAUGGCGUAAUGUGUGAAUCUGGAAACGAAAAUAGAGCAUGAGUGCUUCAGUUGUCGUUACUUGGAUAUGUGUUUUCUCCAGAAUUUAACUCCUCGGGAUAGAAUUAAAUU